AAAAAAAACAAUUAUUCCUCGACAUCGAACUGACUGAUAACGAAACAAGAAGACAUUGUGAAAAUGUAUUCAAUUUCCAAUUUAUUCUUUUUGUUGCGAAAAAUAAAUCAACUGAAAUGAUUGUUUUAUGAAUAUAUCGUUUGCACGUAAAUUUCGAAUCAGUCACUUCGUUCAAACAUCAUGAUGUUUAGUCAAAAAAAUUAAUUUUGAACAUUGAACUACUAUGAGGUCAGCAGCCAUUGGAGUGCUGCUCUGCUAUUGUUUUGUUUAAAACCCAAUAACGCGGAAGAUUAGAUUUGUUCGCGAAAAAAAACCAGAAAAUUUCAGAUUGGAUCCUAAUUUCAAUCAUUAAUUCAUGUCAUUUAAUGAUAUGAUUGAAAAUUCUACAAAACCAACUCUAUUCAACAUGAAUCGUUGGUAUGUUUAUGAAUGUGAACGAUUGAAACAAUUGAAUUUACCAAUAAAACGUUUACAAUUUCAACAUUACCACCAGAUGAAUGAAAUCGAUGCAGAAAAAUUUCAACAUAUACAUCAAUUAAAACAAUAUUAUGCUAAACAGAAUGCAUAUACUAAAUCAUUAUGGAAUACAUGUCCAAUACAUCAUAACAAUGAUAAUCGACGUAAUCUCAUUCAUCCAUUCAGUACACUACUGGUACCAAUUGAAUUAAAAUGUAAUUGUAAUGAAAAUUUAUGGACUGAUAAUAUGACUCCAAAUAAUAUAAGACCAGUUGAUUUUUCUCCAUGGAGUCGACCGAAAUAUACUGUACCAAUAGUGAGUUUACGUAAACAAGCCCAAGAAGAUUAUCGUCAAUAUCGUUUACGGUUGAUUAAUAAAAAGCCACCACCGAAACCUACAACAACAGUGCUGACAACACCAAUGAAAUAUCGGACAUUCAAAUGAAUUAUUGAUUUUUGCCAACGAAUUAAAACAACGUUAAAACACUUUCAUGAUUCAUAUUAGUUUUUCAUAUAUAAUCUACAUAGUAUUAACAUGAAUUCAUUUCUAAGUCUGUAAUAGAAAAGGAGAGAGUCAAGCCUUAUUUGUUCUUGUUUUAUUGUGUAUAUGUCUUCUUACUAACAUGGUAAAAUCGAUAUUGGUGAAUGAACAUUUUUUUGUAACCUUUUUUGUGUUUAUUGAUGAUGCAUGAUGUUGGAGAGUUGAAUGUUUGUCUCUGUGUGAGUGUGUGAUAUAUACGCUUAAUUCAUAGAAAACUGACUUAUAUGAAGCGAG